AGAGACCGAUUCGGCUGCACUCCAUUGCAUGCAGCUGUGGUACAUGAACACACUGAGAUUGUCCGCUUCAUCGCCGGCCACUUUCCGUCCAAUAAACGUACUCCGAUGCACUACGCGGCUGCAGCUCGUGACGGUGGCCACUACCUGAAGAUCCUGGGCAAAGCUGGAGCGGAUCCAAUGGCUGUGGAUAACGAAGGUCGUACACCGGACUACUACCGAAGAAACGCCGUCAUCGAUCUGAAGAUGAUCAAGGAUCGUGAUGAAGAGUAUGAAGGAAUGAGUGAAGAGCUCCUGGAUGAGGGACCCAUGCUCGAAAGUCCUGGCAGCGUCGAGAGCGGAUCAGAGGGGUAG